AUGGGCUGCGCUAUCUGUCUGGACGACUUCGAUCAGAAGGAUGGCGAGCCCAAGCGCGCAGCCACGCUGCCGUGCGGACAUAUUUUCCACCAUGAUUGUCUGCAGACAUGGUUCUACGGAUCCACGGCAGCCGCUACCCAUCGCCCGACUCAUCAGAAACGAUGCCCCCUCUGCACUCAGCCGGCAAACCCCGAGAACGUCGUGAAGCUCUAUCCUUCUGAUGGCGACGACCUCGACACGUAUCUCUCCGGACAGCAGCAGUGGGACUUGGUCGAUCCUCGAGGUGGCGCUGUCAACCUCACUCCGCACUUCAAGCGUCUGCUCGACGAUCUUAUCGACUUCAACAAAUCCCUGCAAGGGUACGUCAUGGGCCUCCACGGCUGCGACUUGGACAAGACGAGGAAGAACGGUCAUCGCGUUCAGAAGCUCGUCGUCGAUCUCACCAAAGACAGGGACGUCGACAUCACCAACGCGCUAACCACCUCCAUGGAGGCUCUCGAACGAGCUGCAGCCAACUUUGUCGCAAAGUCCAGCGAACUACAUCGUGAAUGCAAAAAGAACAGGAAGCUCCAGGAACAAGUUGUGGCUGAACAGCUUAGGGUGCACCAGGCGAUGGAGGAGGCAAAUCACGUUAGCCGCGCCGCUGCGGCAAAGUCAGCGGAGGCUGACGCAAUCAUGGCAGCAGCCAAGCAAUGCAUGUCGCAGGCUAAGGAGCUCGAAGCGAGCGUGACAGGUAAGAUCCUUGCCACGCAGGUCAGAGAGGACGAACUGAACAAGCGGGAACAGGAGCUCGAGGCUCGCGUGCGGCAGAGCGCACUCCAGACCACCAUCCGAAUUGCCAACAUUAACAUGACGACCGAUGCUGCGCUGAAACAGAUGCAGACAGAAGUGGGCGAGGCAGGGAGGAGGAGAGCCGAUGCGGAAAGAGAGAGGGCGGCAACCCACAAGAAAAAUUGCGAGCUAGCAGAGCAGCUCAAGAAGCUGCAGCAGCAACUCAAGGACAGGAAGAAAUCGACGGGCGCAGGACCGUCCACGGCGAUGGUAGGAGAGGGCGAGGGAGUUACGCGCAGGCUCAAGGCGCUAGAGGCGAUCAACAAGUCGAUGGAAGAGCAACUCAAGGCGGCAGGUAUCAGCACGCCGGAACAUCGUAUCUCUCGCAUCUCGAGGCGUCCGAACGCGGAGAUUAUCGAAGUACGUUCCAGCAGCCCGCUCGCGAAUGGCGUCGACUCCGCUCCUAUCACGCCAAUGGAUGGGUUCGAGCUGCUCUCGCAGGCUUCGGCGUCGGCAUCGACCGCAGCAGCGGCACGUGUGUCGCCGACUGCGCAUCGCAAGGGCAAGAAACGGGCACGCAACAGUCUGUCGGUCGAGCCUGAGAGACUCGACGAUGAGAUGGACGAGGGCAACUUCCCGAUGCCCGGGUUUGGGGUGCUGCCUGGCAUGGCUGCUUCAAAAGCGGUCAAGGGGCGUCCAUUGGAAGCCGAGCCUGAUGUUCUCUUCGAUUUUGCACCCCAAAGGAAGCGCGGGAAAGGCCCGCUCGCAUCGCGUAUUGCUCCUCAGGCUUCUGCAUCUUCGUCCUCCGAGCGUACGAGUUCAGCACGAAAUGUUGGGUCAAACGAGACUAACAACACCAACGACCAGAACAACAGCACGAAGCUGAAGAUAUUCGAGGCCGAUGGAUCGAUCAGCUCCUCCAGCGGCAAGUCUCACGCGCGGAUCAAACCCGAAUACGAUUGGCUGAACAAGAAGGCUCUCUCCUUGGGGCCUAAGCGUCGUCACAAAGCGUAA